AUGAAAGCUCGAGCGGUCCCGGCCUCUGGUCUCGUCCUUCCAUCACGAGUCACGCCCGCGACAUCAAUAUGCUGGCAAUGCCUCCGCAAUGAUCUUAUUUCGAUCCAAAUCAACUCGCAGACACGAGCAUAUCAUCCUACCCGCCGGAAAUUCGCUUCUCCGUUUGGCGCCGCCGUCACCGCCGCCCAGACUCUCUUAAAAGGACUCCCAAAAGCUCCCCCAGGGAUUUCAGUAGAUCCCUUGAGGAUCGUGGGCAAGGAACUCAAGUUUUUGACGAAGAAUAUUCGCCAAUUGCUGGGAUCAGGCCACCCUACGCUGGAUAAGGUAGCCAAAUAUUACACCAAGAGCGAGGGCAAGCACAUGCGUCCGCUUCUGGUGUUGCUUAUGUCCCAAGCAACUGCGUUGACUCCUCGGCACGGUCGAUGGAGCUCUUCACCGUCCUAUACUGUUAACGAUCCUAUCAGCUCCCCGUCUGUCCUUGCGGAUACCAAUCCUGAUUUAAAUCCGCUUGUAUCCUCUUCCGCGGAAGCCAAGUACGACUUCGCUGGCGACGAAAAUAUCCUGCCCACUCAAAGACGACUCGCCGAGAUCACAGAACUAAUUCAUACCGCAUCAUUAUUGCACGACGAUGUCAUUGAUAAUGCUGUAACUCGCCGGUCAUCCAGCUCUGCUAAUCUUCAAUUCGGAAACAAGAUGGCCGUGCUAGCGGGCGACUUCCUGUUGGGGCGUGCAUCCGUUGCUCUGGCACGUCUAAGGGACCCUGAAGUCACCGAACUGCUGGCCACCGUUAUUGCCAAUUUAGUGGAGGGAGAGUUCAUGCAACUGAAGAAUACCGCCUCCGACGAAAAGAACCCCGUCUUCACGGAUGAAACCAUCUCUUACUACCUGCAGAAAACAUACCUCAAGACUGCUAGCUUGAUAAGUAAAUCGUGCCGUGCGGCUGCGCUCCUUGGAGAUAGCACUCCCCAGGUUGUCGAGGCUGCGUAUGCCUAUGGACGCAACCUGGGACUGGCAUUUCAGCUAGUGGAUGACAUGCUGGACUACACCGUUAGUGAUGCUGAGUUAGGCAAGCCGUCAGGGGCGGACUUGGAGCUGGGUCUGGCGACUGCCCCGCUCCUGUUCGCUUGGAAGCAGAACCCUGAGCUGGGACCGCUGGUUGGUCGGAAGUUCAGUCGGGAAGGCGAUGUGCAACGGGCCCGCGAACUUGUUUAUCAGAGUAACGGUGUCGAAAAGACUCGUGUGCUAGCCCAAGAAUAUGCUGAUAAGGCCAAGGCCGCUAUUAGCAGCUUUCCCGACAGUGAAGCCAAGGAUGGCCUCCUUCAAAUGUGUGAAAAGACGAUGAAUCGGAGGAAGUAG